UAAGGAGUUGUUAAAUAUUUUGAGUGAAUGCUUAUGUCAACAUGGUGAGAAAGGCUGUUUACUUUUAUGGCAUUGCGCCAUGUACCGGAGGUUUGGCCUUUGGAUAUGACACGGGCUCAAUGAGCGGCAUCCUGGCAAUGCCACAGUUCUUGAACUACUUCAAACAUCCCAGCAAUUUUCGCCAAGGAGGAAUCACUGCGUCCAUCUUGGCCGGAGCCUUUGCGGGCUCUCUCUUAACGGGCGCGUUCCUUGCAGACAGGCUGGGCCGAAGGAAGACAAUCUUACUGGGCUCUGCGAUUUUCACCAUUGGCUGUGCCAUCUCUGCCGCGGCCAACAAUGUUGAGGCUCUUGUUGCGGGGAGAGUCAUUAAUGGGCUUGGAAACGGAUGUUUGACAAUGAUGGUUACCAUGUACCAAAGCGAGAUUGCGCCUCGAGAGAUUCGCGGCCGUAUCAUUAGUGUUUUCCAAUGUUUUGUCAACUUUGGCAUUCUAAUCGCGUUUUGGAUUCAAUUCGGAACAAGCCAUAUCAACGGCAGCGCGGCGUGGAGACUUCCGAUGGGACUACAGAUGAUUGCAACGGUGGCUCUGCACAUCACCAUGUGGUUCAUGCCCGAAUCCCCCAGAUGGCUUGUUCAAAAAGACAGGCAGGAAGAGGCGCUGCAAGUGCUUGCACAGGUUCACGCCGGGGGAGACGUAAACGAUCCGUAUGUGCAAGCUGAGCUGGCUGAGAUUGUGGCCAAGAUCUCCUACGAAAAGAACCAUCCACCGCCUAGCUACUUUGACAUGCUACUUGGAACGCACAGACGCCGUAUGUGGAUUGGCAUUGGAGUUCAAUUCUGGCAAUCGAUGACAGGUAUCAAUGUGAUCAUGUAUUACGCGGUCUUCCUCUUCCAGCAGGCCGGCCUCGGUGCGACUUCUUCAUCUCUCCUGGCAAACGGACUCCAGGGUGUUGUUCUCAACGUCUUCACUUACCCAAACAUGUAUUAUAUGGACAAAUGGGGUCGGAGAAUGCCUAUGGUCAUUGGUGGUAUUGGGAUGGGUAUCUCGAUGAUGAUUAUCGGCAUUCUCAUGAAAGCGGAGGGUAACCCCGUCUACGAUUCACUUACGCAAAAAACAAAUUUCGAUUUCACAAACGCGGCUGCAUCACGCACAAUUAUUGCUUUUGUGUACAUAUAUGUUGCGGUAUUUGCAAUUACGUGGGCUUGCGUCGCCUGGGUGUAUCCGCCUGAGAUAUUCAGCAUGAGCAUGCGCGGUCGCGCCACGUCCAUGACGACUGCUACGAAUUGGUUUGUCAAUUUCUGGUUUGCCUUGUAUAUCCCUACGGCAAUGGCAAAGAUCAGCUGGAAACUUUACAUCAUAUUCAUGGCCUUGUGCUACCUCAUGAGCAUCGUCGUCUUCCUCUUCUACCCUGAAUCUGCUGGGAAAACGCUUGAAGAGAUGGACUUUUUGUUCACAAAGGGACGCUCGCCGUGGACGUUUCUUGAUCGCGAGGCUACCAAGAUUGGGGCGCUGUUCAAGAGAGAUCUUGAGCAUGGCGAGGCGCUUACUGUGUUUGAUGAGGACGGUAUUGUUUCAAAGGAUAAGAUUAACCAGGUGGAGGAUGUGGCUGAGGGUGGUGGUCUUGGGCAUGAGAAGGAGUAGAUGCUGAGAUGAUGCUUGGGACAGUAUACUCGGAUGAUGUAUAAAGCUGCUUUUUAAAUAUACAUUUACAAAUAUGC